CCCCGCAACCAUGCCCAUCAUCCCCGAUAGCGAGAUGGCCAAAGAUGUCAAGUCCGCCACCAACCCGGAUGCACAAUCAGCAAAGGACGUGCAUGCGAAUGCCCAUCGAGCCAAUCUCGGCCCCGUCAUCCCUGAAAGCAUCGAGAAGCCGGCGUCGAAGGAGGAGCUCAAGAAGAGGGCGGAGGAGUUGAACAAGAAAGAGAAGUGAAGGGUGACAUAUCAUGUCUUCACGGUCAUCUCAAGAUGCGAGUUGGGUGUAAUGUUUUACUAGUCACUGCCAGCUUUUCCGCUGGUCACGAAUGCAAGAAAUGACGAGAUAUCAUUCCGAUGUCCCUAGAUUCGGUGCCGAAAUGCUCCCCGUGAACAAUCCCGCGCACCACAGCAACUAUGGGAGUACCUCAUCCCCUUUCCAAUCCCAACACCGCCCUCUCCCUUCAAUCCCUAUCCUCCUUCCCCUCCCCUUCUCCAUCUCCCGCCUCGACUUCUCCCCCACCUCACCACCAUACCACCCCGCAUCC